AACGGUGGAUUGUGAUACCUUCACCCAUGCCCUGUGGAGGUUGUUGGUGAUGUCACUGAUGGUUGUUUUUGUGUUUUUCUUCACAGCUCUCACAAUGUUUCUGUCAUCACCUAUUGAGGGAGCCUGGACUGGACAGGGACUCAAACACAUUUCAGCAUCACCAGAGGCAGGAUGAGCAGGUGACAGGCCUCACUGGACAUUACUUGAGCAACAGGCAACAGGUUCUGGAGAACAAAUCAGAGUGAAGUGAGACUUUCAUCAGGACUAAAGACACACUGGGAAAGUAAAUCCGUUGGACAGCCAACCUUCAGGAGUCCACUUGAGAUCAUACAUUACCAGACAGAAUACAUUUUCCAGCAAUUUUCAAGUGACGUCAGACUUCUCGUCUACGCUUUAUUUAGCUUAAUGGAGGAUCCCAUUAUGAAGAUCUCCAUGAUGUCAUCCACAUCCCCCACAGACUCAUCUAGGAGCAGCUCCACAGAGGAGAGCCAGGGAGGUAAAAGUCCAACUCCGGGUAAGAGCCUGAGUCAAGGCCUGCUAUGUAAGGUGUGUGCAGACACUAGCAGUGGAAAACACUAUGGGAUCUAUGCCUGCAAUGGCUGCAGUGGCUUCUUCAAGCGCAGUGUGAGACGUAGGUUAAUCUACAGGUGCCAAGCUGGUACAGGUAUGUGUCCAGUAGAUAAAGCCCAUCGUAACCAGUGCCAGGCAUGUCGCCUAAAGAAAUGCCUUCAAGCUGGCAUGAACAAAGAUGCUGUGCAGAAUGAGAGGCAACCACGAAGCACAGCUCAGGUCAGGUUAGACAACUUGGACAUAGAUACAGAGAAGGAACACCUAGCCACCACCAGGGAGCCCACAUCCUCCUCAUCCUCCUGUUCUGUGAUAAACAGACCUUUACUGGGCUCCUCCAUUAGCUCCAGCAUCAACUCCAGUGGCCCCAGCCAGCGCAGCAGCAGCCCCAAGAACAGCCACCGCUUCAUGGCCAGCCUGAUGACAGCUGAGACAUGUGCCAAGCUCGAGCCAGAGGAUGUGGAUGAGAAUAUUGAUGUAACAAGUAACGAGCCAGAGACAAGCUCUCCAGAGAGCAACACAACUCUAUAUCCCUAUUCUGGCCCUGAGAGCAUAUAUGAGACCUCCGCUCGCCUACUCUUCAUGUCUGUUAAAUGGGCAAAGAACUUGCCGGUCUUCUCCCAUCUGCCAUUUAGGGACCAGGUGAUAUUGCUAGAGGAGGCAUGGAGUGAGCUAUUCCUCCUCUGUGCCAUCCAGUGGUCCUUGCCGCUGGAAAGUUGCCCCCUGCUUUCUCUACCCGAGCUGUCUCCUCCCUCACAGGGUAAAAGCAGCCCCUGUGCCACUGACCUGCGCCUCCUGCAGGAACUCUUCAGCCGCUUCAAGGCUCUGCAGGUGGAUCCUACGGAGUUCGCCUGCCUCAAAGCAAUAGUUCUCUUCAAGUCUGAGAUAAGUGGCCUCAAAGACCCAGAUCAGGUUGAGAAUCUACAAGACCAGUCUCAAGUAAUGCUUGCUCAGCAUAUUCACACACUCUACUCCAGUCAAGCAGCAAGGUUUGGGAGGCUGUUGUUGCUUCUUCCCUCUUUACACUUUGUAAGUUCAGAGAGGAUUGAAUUGCUCUUCUUCCACAGAACUAUUGGAAACACACCCAUGGAGAAGUUGCUCUGCGACAUGUUUAAGAACUGAAAAUCAUUUGUUCUUAGUGACAGUAUUAUCAACACUGAAGUAUAAAUGAGGAGAUUUUUUUUCUGUAGUAAUAAGAUGCCUGUUAAAGCAAUUAUACCUGAAAUGGGAAUAUGUAUACAUAUUGUGUGUACAUAUACAUAUAAUAUACAUAUUGUUCCUCUUUCAUGCCAGCACUGGUCACCACUAUGACUAUUCAAGCUACACCAGAUCAGGUUUACCUACAUGGUCUUACAUCUUAACCAGCUACAUCACCACCAGACCAAGAGUAAUCAUAAUACACCAGCUUGGACCAGCAUCAAAUUCAUUUCAGUCUAUACUGUUUUAGCAGGUUUUUUCUUAAAUAUUUAUAUUAUAGUUUGUACUUUUAUUACUGCUCACUCUACUGUAUCUUAUUAGGUAGAGCAUAUAACAGCCUAUUGUUGUUUAAUGUGUCUAUGUAAUAAACUGCAGUAUUGCCUUUUCAGCUUUUCAUAAUGCAAAUAUAUAUAUAUUUUGAUAAAAUCUUUCAACCACAAGACAAACCUUGUUGUUUUUCGUCUGAAAUCC